AUGACAUCGCAUCAGCAGAGAGUGGCGAUCAAGUAUUCAUUCAUUGUCAAUAGUGACCUUAGAGUCAAAGUAUAUAAUGUUAAGAAAUACGUCUGUCUUGUGGCUGAUAUUGUCAUCAGGGCCCGUGCAAUAGCCUCGUGGGCACCGCCGAAUGAUACAGAAUCCAGCACCACUCAAGUGUCUUCCCCCCCACCACACUGUUGGCGGGUCUCUGUGUGUCUUCCCCCCACCACACUGUUGGCGGGUCUCUGUGUAUCCCCCCCCACCACACUGUUGGCGGUCUCUGUGUGUCCCCCCAAACCCACACUGUUGGCGGGUCUGUCUGUGUGUCUUCCCCCCCAAACACACUGUUGGCGGGUCUGUCUGUGUCUUUCCCCCCCCCACACUGUUGGCGGGUCUGGUCUGUGUCUUUUCCCCCCCAACCACACUGUUGGCGGGUCUGUCUGUGUGUCUUUCCCCCCCAACCACACUGUUGGCGGGUCUGUCUGUGUGUCUUUCCCCCACCACCACACUGUUGUGGCAGGUCUGUCUGUGUGUCUUUCCCCCCCCACCACCACACUGUUGGCAGGUCUGUCUGUGUGUCUUUCCCCCCCACCACCACACUGUUGGCGGGUCUGUCUGUGUGUCUUUCCCCCCCACCACCACACUGUUGGCGGGUCUGUCUGUGUGUCUUUCCCCCCCCACCCACACUGUUGGCAGGUCUGUCUGUGUGUGUUCCCCCACCACCACACUGUUGGCAGGUCUGUCUGUGUGUCUUUCCCCCCAACCCACACUGUUGGCGGGUCUGUCUGUGUGUCUUUCCCCCCAACCAACACUGUUGGCGGGUCUGUCUGUCUGUGUUCCCCCCACCACACUGUUGGCGGGUCUGUCUGUCUGUGUGUGUUCCUCCCCCCACCACACUGUUGGCGGGUCUGUCUGUCUGUCUGUGUCUACCCCCCCCCAACCACACUGUUGGCGGGUCUGUCUGUCUGUGUGUGUUCCCCCCCACCACCACACUGUUGGCGGGUCUGUUUGUGUGUCCCCCCCCCCCACACGGCGGGUGUGUCUGUCUGUCUGUGUAUCUCCCUCACUCUCCUUUUUUUUAUGUGUCUCUCACUGAUACUCUGUUCUUAUCUAUCUCGACUUGUUCUUAUUGGUCCCUCAGAACACAUCUAUGAACUUGAAUCAAACUUUCCUCCUGACUCGCAACCAUCAAAGGAAAUUUCCAUUAUCUGGUAUUCCUAUGUGUUCCUCAGAUCUAAAGAAUGGCAACUUUCUUUCUGUCAGGAAUUAUACAGUAGUUACCUGAAGAAAGUUGAAGCCAAAUACUUGCUUCUUCUUUGA